AGUGAUGAUGGUGGUCAUGGUGAUGAUGGCGGCCAUGGAAAAGGCGGUGGAGGAAUCCAUGGUGGUGAUAAUGGUGUCCAUGGUGGUGGUGGUGAUGAUCGUCGUAGAUCACUACCUAAAAUAUUCGUAUAUACAACAGAAAAUCAUAUCUAGUGCAGGAAGGUUUAAAGUAGUUUCUUUCGUACCGGUGGUUGAUGAAUAAUU